CUCGACAGAUAUCAGAGACUUAUCGCCCGGCUGUAUGAGGUAUUGAUACUUCUUUGGAUCGAACAGCCCGUUCAAGGUCCACAAGUCACUGUCAAACACGACAAUAUCAGUUUGACAGCCUCUCGCCGCCGACUCACAACAGGACUUGCCUACUAUUGUGACUGGGAUAAGGGCGGUAGAGCUACGACAUCAAUUGGUAUCGAAGACUCUGAAGAAAGUUCUAUUUUUUGGGUGGCCUUAAAUCAGGGUUUUGAGAAGGGAGAAUUUGCUUCGGCCCAUAGGAUACCGACAUUCUUGAGAUAA